AUGUGCCAGUUCUCAAUCUCAGAGUACGCCUCAUGUGGUCACAUCAUCUUCGAGAGACCAGAGCCCUGCCUUUUCAAUGGCUCCGAGCUACUAUGUGAGUCCUACCCCAUGAUCGAGAACCGGUACCGGUACUGUUGUCCCAGGUGCACCAUAUUCCCAACCAGACGCGCCAACACCAUAACCACCCCUUUUCCUCCCCAGUCUCACCUCCGAAAGGCUUACUCCCUCCCCACCCUCAGCAACAGCAUGUGGAGACCGUUCAGGCCUCGCACGCAGACGCCGGUGGAGUGGCGCCGCACGAGCAUGGUGCAGAAGCUCCUGGUCGACCGCGUCAAGGAGCAGGUGUCCGACAGGGCGAAGGAGGUCGGCGUGGACCCUGCCGAGAUGCCCGUGUCCAGUGGGCUGCUCUGGUGCAUCAGGGAGGAGGGUGAGGAGAUGGGAAGUCUGAGCUGGGGCGACGAUAUGACGGUAGACAGGGAGUCUUGUGCGAGCAGAUUUGACGAGUCGCUUGAUUGGUGCUGGAUCGCAGGGUCGUCUGUGCCCAAGGUGGCUGCGUUGGGACUGGACAAUUCCGAAUGUGGUGAGUGGGUGAUUGUGAAUGUUGACAAGUCCACCGCGUCAGAAGAACCGGAGUAG